CAGCCCUGACCAGUUCGUAACUACAAUGAAUAAUUUAAUAAAGUUACAUCCACGUUCAGUAUAUUUCAGUAAGCAUUCGUGACCACUUCGUCGUACAGCGCACUUCACACUUCAAUAAGAAUAAGAAUCUGAAGAAAACAACAUGCAGCCGUCAGUCGCUGACUUUUAUACCGGAAAAUCUAUUUUAAUAACAGGAGCCACUGGAUUUGUGGGCAAGGUACUAGUGGAGAAGCUUUUGAGAAGUUGUGGCGGCGUCAGUAAGAUAUAUUUAUUGUUGAGACAGAAAAAGGGAGUGAGCAGCGAAGAUAGAUUGAAAGAACUAUGCAAUAAUAAGUGUUUCGAGAAUUUGAGAGCGAAACAGCCUGAGGUAUUCAAUAAGCUGAAACUUGUAGCCGGCGACAUACUCGAAGACGAGCUUGGUCUCUCAAAUGACGAUAGGCAGGAGUUGCAGAAAAACUGUAAUAUUGUGUUUCAUAGUGCUGCUUGCGUCAGAUUUGAUCAAAAAUUAAAGGAUGCCGUUAACCUGAACACCACAGGGACUCUGCGUGUUUUGGAAUUAGCCGAGACCAUGGAGAAUCUAGAGGCGUUCGUGCAUCUAUCGACGGCAUACUGUCGCUGCGAGCUGCCCGAGCUGGAGGAGAAGCUGUACCCCGCCAUGCACAGCCCGCGGCGUGUCAUGGACAUCAUAGAGUGGAUGGACAACGACAUGCUCAAUUACUUAGAACCCAAGCUGAUUGUUUCGGAACCAAAUACAUAUUCCUACACUAAAGCGAUAACCGAGAAUUUAGUCGCCGAAUAUCAAUCGAAAUUUCCAAUCGCUAUCGGCAGGCCAUCUAUUGUAACUUCUUCAUGGAAAGAACCAAUGCCCGGUUGGGUAGACAAUAAGAAUGGACCUACUGGACUUCUUAUUGGAAGUGGAAAGGGAGUAAUUCGCACAAUGCACUGCGAACCUUCCUACCAUGCGGACGCCAUACCCGUCGACGUCGUCACAAACGGAUGCAUAUUGAUUGCUUACGCGACUGCUAUUGACAGGUCUAAAGAAAUGCGUAUUUAUAACAUAACGCUGUCCGGUAUAAAGAAGAUUACUUGGGGACAAAUUAUUGAAAUAGGUAAAAAAUGGGUUACCAUAUAUCCUUACACCUUGGCGCUGUGGUAUGUAGGCGGCAACAUCAGGUCGUACUGGCUGACGCAUCAGUUAUACCUCAUAUUUACACAUCUCCUGCCAGCUUAUCUUGUUGAUGCUCUGCUGUUUCUACUGGGAAAGAAAACAUUCAUGGUAAACGUUCAAAAACGUAUCAGCCAUGGUCUCAGUGUCCUCCAGUACUAUACGACAAAGGAGUGGUAUUUCAAGAACACCAACUUCUUAUCCUUACAAAAAAGGAUAAGCAAAGAAGAGGAUGACAUAUUUUAUACUGACAUCAGCGCUUUAGAUGAACAGGAAUAUUUGAAAGAUUACGUUCUCGGCGCCAGACACUAUGUUCUCAAAGAGGAUCCUAACAAUUUACCGCGUGCUAGAAAAUUGAACAACAUACGUUACGUGGUGGACAUCGUGUUUAAAAUAAUCCUCAUCGGACUCUUCCUUUGGUUCUUGUACUCGCGGAUUCCGGCGAUGACUGCCUACGUUGCUUCAAUCGACAAUUCCUUAAGAAGCUGGCUGGAAGGAGAGAAAUCAUAUAUUUCGAACGAAUAAAAUAAUAAUAAAAACAUUAAGUAAUUCAUUGUAUAUUUUUAAUGAUUUGGUAUCAAGAUUAUGGAAUAUUUUUGUACAUUUUAAUUCAUCAAAUAAACUUCCUCAAAGGACAUUAAAUAAAAUACUUUUGUUUUUUUUUAAGGAAUAAUAAAGGAAAAAUAACACUAAA